CAUUUCUACUGUGAUACCUGUUCUGUCCCCAUAUGUCGGGAAUGUACCAUGGGACGACAUGUGGGUCACAGCUUUAUCUACCUCCAAGAUGCCCUCCAGGACUCCAGGACUCUCACCAUUCAGCUCCUGGCAGAUGCUCAGCAAGGACGACAGGCUAUUCAACUGAGUAUUGAACAGGCCCAGGCUGUGGCAGAGCAGGUUGAGAUGAAAGCGAAGGUGGUACAAUCUGAAGUCAAAGCAGUGACUACUAGACAUAAGAAGGCCUUGGAAGAGCGGGAGUGUGAGCUGCUCUGGAAGGUGGAAAAGAUUCGUCAAGUCAAGGCUAAGUCACUCUACUUGCAAGUUGAAAAGUUACGUCAGAACCUAAAUAAGCUGGACAACACCAUUAGUGCUGUUCAGCAGGUCCUGGAGGAGGGUCGUACCAUGGAUAUUCUUCUGGCUCGGGACCGCAUGCUGGCUCAGGUGCAGGAGCUGAAGAAUGUGAGAGGCCUUCUCCAGCCACAGGAAGAUGACAGGAUCAUGUUCACUCCCCCUGACCAGGCACUGUAUAUGGCCAUUAAAUCAAUGGGCUUUGUCAGCAGUGGGGCUUUUGCUCCUCUGACCAAAGCCACUGGGGAAGGCCUCAAGCGUGCGCUGCAGGGCAAAGUGGCCUCUUUCACAGUGAUAGGCUAUGACCACGAUGGUGAGCCUCGCCUUUCAGGAGGUGACAUGAUCUCUGCAGUGGUGAUGGGCCCGGAUGGAAACCUUUUUGGGGCAGACGUCAGCGAUCAGCAGAAUGGGACCUACCUCGUCAGCUAUCGUCCACAGCUAGAGGGAGAGCACCUGGUAUCUGUGAUGAUGUGCAACCAACACAUUGAGAACAGCCCCUUCAAAGUUGUGGUGAAAUCUGGGCGCAGCUACAUAGGCAUAGGGCUGCCGGGGCUCUCCUUUGGCAGUGAGGGAGACAGCGAUGGCAAACUCUGCCGCCCCUGGGGGGUUAGCGUAGACAAAGAAGGCUACAUCAUUGUUGCUGACCGCAGUAAUAACCGCAUCCAGGUGUUCAAACCAUGCGGGACCUUCCAUCACAAGUUUGGCACACUGGGCUCCCGGCCGGGCCAGUUCGAUCGCCCUGCCGGCGUGGCCUGUGACAUCUCACGUAGGAUCGUUGUGGCUGACAAGGACAAUCAUCGCAUCCAGAUCUUCACGUUUGAGGGGCAGUUCAUUCUGAAGUUUGGGGAGAAAGGAACAAAGAACGGGCAAUUCAACUACCCAUGGGAUGUGGCUGUCAACACAGAGGGCAAGAUCCUGGUCUCUGACACAAGGAACCAUCGCGUUCAGCUGUUUGGGCCCGACGGCGUGUUUCUUAACAAGUAUGGCUUCGAAGGGGCACUCUGGAAGCACUUUGAUUCCCCCAGAGGUGUGACUUUCAAUCAUGAGGGCCACUUGGUAGUGACAGACUUCAACAACCAUCGCCUUCUGGUCAUCCAUCCAGAUUGCCAGUCAGCACGUUUUCUGGGCUCGGAGGGCACCGGGAACGGCCAGUUCCUGCGCCCACAGGGAGUGGCGGUGGAUCAAGAGGGGCGCAUCAUCGUGGCCGAUUCCAGGAACCACCGGGUGCAGAUAUUCGAGUCAAAUGGUAGCUUUUUAUGCAAGUUUGGCACUCAGGGAAGCGGCUUUGGUCAGAUGGACCGUCCUUCAGGUAUAGCCGUCACCCCUGAUGGCAUGAUUGUUGUGGUCGACUUCGGAAACAAUCGAAUUCUCGUCUUCUAAUCUGUGUUUGAAUUAGGAAGAAACUGUCUCAGGGAAAUUCUUCUAAGAGAAAA